CUUGGACUUCAAAAAAGGUAAUUGUGAAAUAGAAAAACACUGGAAUUCGAAAAAUACGUCUAAGGUGCAGGGAAGAACAGAAAGAGGCAAUACUAGACAGAAUAUUUUUCAGGUCAGGUCAACAAGAUUCUCGAACAUUUUUAGAUGGGUGUUUCGUCCAAAUUAUGAAUGUAGUGAACAAGGACGAUGAAAGUAAGCGCAUCUCGUACAGCAUAUCAAGAAAGCAAGUAUAGGAAAGAGGGAUGUUUAGACUUUAUGACGAUUCGUUGAAUCCGGAAGCGAAUCCGAACCGCUUUGACCAGACUCCACAAGCAACGCCUUCAAAACUGAGUGAGCCUACAGUUGGCGACUCAUCUACCGCCAACCUAAACCACGGCGUCGUGCCUCAAUUGCCGAGCAUAACAAGCUUCGAGAAACCAGCCAGGAAACCACGAGCUCCGAUCUCCACUUCAAGAGGCAAAAUGGAGCGGACACGGAUGCAGAGGUUUAAGCUCGUUAGUUCGGGAGUCGGAGUGGCGGUAGAAAAUUCUCUAGCUGGUAGUAAUCUUGUGAAUUCAAAGACAUGAUGUGUGGCAAACCUGCUUACGUGCUACUAGAUAGUGUGUCAUAACGGUGAUAGUCUUCGGUCGUGGUCCUCGUCCCUGCAAGUCAAAGUUGACAUUGACCAUGAAGCUCUACUAGCUAAUAUCAUACUAAUAAUACGAUUGAAAUUGAUUUUCUUGCUGUUUGAUACUCCUUCCAAUACAGACGAGCAUCGGGAUAAUGGCAAUGGCUGUGUUUCUGCUGACCGAGCUAGACAUGACAGAUUUUUUCAGCGUGUGCUACAGCCUUUCACAAGCAGUUUUGUUUUUCGGUGCGGGUUUGUACGUAUUUGUAGCCGAAGGUCGUGUUGUGUGGCCAUCAGAAUCAGGCCAGUCACAAGGAUGGAUGCGACGAUUUUCAAGAUUCCUGCUCAACAAAAUAGGUCUUUCCUUGUCUUGCUUGGUGUUUGUGGGCUAAAGUGACGCCAAAGUUUAGGUAGGAGAUCCAAGGUUUAUAAUAGGUGCUAGUGAUCAUUGCCACUGUGCUUACGCUAUGUGCCUCCACGUAUAAGUUUUUCUUUCUAUAUUGCAGCACGCCGCUCUCUCGUGGCAAACACACGAUCAAAUCAGGUCUUGCCUUGUUCUAUUUCUGGAUUGGUGCAUUGAUAAUGGGUGGAAAGAACUACACGUCAGAGGACCAAAAGACGAUGGGCAGGUGUAUUGGCGUUAUUAGCUGGGUUCUUUCUGGUUGCAAUAUUGCAACCUCAUGUGUAGCUGCGGAGGGAAGUGGCGAUGAGAGGUCAGGCAAGGCAGAAUUAAACAGCGCGCAUGUGGGAAAGCCUCUCGACGAAGAGGAUGCAGCGGCAGGAGGCGGCUUAGCAAGGAAUCCUAAUCGUGUGUAGCCCGAGAAGGUGAGGCGACCCUUCGUUUUCUUGGCUCCCACUCCCACAUCAGAGGUAUCGCCUUCUUGAAGUACCCUUCUAGCACACUUUACUGUAAAAGAACAGGAAAUUUUCAAAAUGCGCUUUGGAUUUUGUCUGCGCUUUGAUGACAAUGACUUCUUUGGCGGACAAAGGGAGGUGCGAAUCGAAGCACGCAUUGAAUAGAAACACUGUUGCUGCAUAGCUCGCUGUAGUAAAAAUGAGUCCGUGAAGGCAGAUAAGUGUUGUCCACGAGGCACCGGUAG